AUGGAACAAGUACUUCGUUUUGGAAACGAAAAGUCCGAUGAAGAAACAGUAUAUGGUCUUAUUGGUUCAAGUUAUCCAUUCAAUAUUGAUGUUGAAACGCUUUUAACAAAUUCAAACGAGACCCGACGUGCGAAGAGAAAUAUAAAAAAAGGAAUAAUUGGAGAACCCCCACGGCCCCAAAAUUCGUGGAUUAUUUAUGGGAGAGAUAAACGUGCUAAUCCGGAGUUUGUUGGAAAAAAACAAAAAGUUAUUUCAUAUGAAAUUUCAAAGCUAUGGAAAAAAGAGAGCGAGGAAGUAAAAGGAUUGUUCGAAGCUCUAGCAAGAAUGUCUUUGAAAAGACAUAAAGAAAUUUACGGUGAAAAUUAUCAAUACAAACCAAAAUCCAAAAACAAUAAAAAAGCAAGACCAGAACAAGAUGACAAAAAUCUUGAAUUAAUUUCACCUCCGACUUCUUCUGAUGUUAACGGCUCCCUUGAGUCAAGUCCGUUCAGUUUUGGAUCUCCCUCCUUAAUGGACAACGAUUUUCAAAUGGACUUUGAAUCAUUACUUAUAUCUAAUGACAAUUAUCAAAAUCAUUUUGAAUCUCCUCUUACGACCAACUAUCAUCCUCAAGAAUUGGAAUCUCCAUUUACAGCUGUUGAUUUUGUAUCGAGCUCCCCAUACGAAACUUCUCAAUGUAUGAUAGACUUCUCGCCGCCAACUCUUCCUUAUUUUAAUGAUAUGUAUGUCACGAACUGCGCUAAUUUCGCACCGAUGAGUUCUAUUGCUCCAUCACAAACUUUCCAUAUGCCAUAUGGAUAUGGUCCCGAAGGUAACGUUGCACCUUUAAACCCAACUUCUACAACGUCACCACCUGAUACAACACAUAUUAGUCAGUUUUCCGAACAUGAAUAUGCUUUGCUUUUGAAGGACUUAAUCUCCGAUGGACACAUUAUUUCCGAAGAAAUAUCACCUAGUCAACCCGACUUUUAUCUUUUCUCAAAUGAAGUUCCUUUUUUAAUCUAUAAUAACCCAGAUUUUGGAUCUCUACAAUAG